CUGCAGUGCAAUCCAGAAGCACUGUAACACUCACCUGUCUGCAUACCUGUCGUACUGAUCCAGGGACCUGUCUGACCUCACAGCAUCAUGCUCACCAGGAACGUGGUUCUUCUGUUCUCUCUGUUCAUCCUGCUGGUGAAGGCAGACCUCGACUCCAAAGAUGCUGGAAUUCAAGCCAUGUCGACAGACAAAGACUCCACAUCUGAUGAAGCCCCUACAGAGAGUAUGAACGCCGUCUCUCCUGAUCAGCCCGAUGAAUCCCAGUAUUAUGGAGGAGGACCUUCAGAUACCAGCAGCUCCAGUUCAGAGACUGCAGAUGCUCCAGCAGCCAAUCAGGUGACAGCACCUGAACCCGCAGCUGCUGUAAACAGUGAGGAGGAUGGAGAUGAUGAUGAGAACUCCGACUCCGAAGAAGGAGGGAAGAAAAAGUUCAGCUCUCGCUCAGCCAAACCUCAGAGCCCUGCCAUCCCGCCACAGAGCCCUAUCCUUGUUAUCCAGAGCCCCGUCCAGGCCCCUCAGAGCCCCUUACCCCCCCCUCAGCCAAUCAUUCCUCAGCCCAAAGCUCUGGUGAGAAACCGAGCGGCCAAAAGACGAUCCAGGACCAACCGGCGUCAGAUAUAA